AUGGUUCUUGAAAGUUCGUCUGCGAGACUCUUUCAAGGUUUCUUGGUCGUUGAUGGUCUGCUGGAGUUUCCAUUCUGUUAUUCAUCAGAAGUGUCGGACCAUCAGUGGAUUCAAGUUGAUCUGAUUUGGUCAUAUCUGGUUGAAUCGGUGGAAAUAUACGGAAAAUCUUCUACAAAUGAGUUGAUUGUCAGUCUGAGAGAUUCGACCAACAGAAGGACCGCACCAUGCAAAAACUUAACCAGCCAACUGGCAAAUAUCAACGUUACAUUCCAGUGUUCAAACCCUGCAGAACAUGCUAGCAGGUACAUCAGAGUUGACCAUUACAGCAGUCCCAGCGGUAACAUGAGCAUCUGUGAGGUGGUCGUCCGUGGUCAGCUUGAUGGAAGCAAUAAUCCGCGGACCAAUCUACUUUUGAAAAGGCCCGCCCUCAUGAACAGUUCCAUCAACGCCACAAACGUCCUCACCAACAAAUACAUGUUGUUCGAUGCCACUCUGGUGGUCGAUGGCAUAAGAGAUGUCAACAUAGACCACGGACACUGUGCCCACAGCGGCGAGGUGGGAUUCGCACAGAACUGGAUGCAGGUGGACAUGGGUAGGGAUUAUGUCGUGGACUACAUUGCUCUCGUCAGCAGAUGGACCACCUCCAACAAUGUGCCUCGGCGUGUAUCCAACUUCAUAAUUGGGCUGACGUCACAGAUCGCAACCGAGGUACCACCAACGAGAGGCGAGUACCCCCUGUGCAACAGGUACCCAGGGGCUGUCCCCAAAGCAUCCAGAGUCACCCUCCAAUGCAGUGCCAACCUGCCCGCCUACCGUUACAUUAUUGCACAUCAAGCCGUUGGAGCCUAUGACGGAUAUUUUUCUGUUUGUGAGUUGGAAGCUUAUGAACCGAUGCCCCAAAUGAUCAACCCCCAUAAACAAUUAAAAUGGAACUCAGAAGAAAACUUCCAACUAAGGAACUACUCAUUUGUCGAGUUUCCAUCGGGCAGACCAUCAUUCUGCAUAGCCCGCUGCAUGGCUUUGGGAGAUUUCGAAUGUGAUUCGUUCAAUUUCAACGACCAACUGAUGAUCUGCCAGCUGAACAAACACAGGAAUGGAUUUCAAAAUGAAAGUUUAAUUUUCAGUCCAGAUUGGUCCUUUUGGAAUGCCACCUAUUACAACUUGGGCAGAUAUCCUGUCAUAACAUUCUGCAUACAGGAAUCUAAACCAACAUCAACAGAGUUUGACUCUUCACUACACCACACCCUUGAGUCUUCCAUCACCUUAUAG